AUGUCGCCGGAGAUGAACCAACAGAAAAUCUGUGUUUUUUGUAAUGAUCCGGAGGAUAAUGAAAUAAAGUAUGGGAAAAUAUAUCAACACAAUGGAAUUAUUACUCAUUAUUAUUGUUUGGCUGAUAAAUCGAUUGAUCCAACUAGUGACAUACCGUUGGACCAAUUAUUGACACCCUUAAUGCUUACUUGAAUCCUUGGCUUUCUUCCCGCCGAUAUAAACCGAGAACUAAACCGCGGGAAGAGACUAAUCUGCGUAUUCUGCAAAAGAAAGGGCGCAACCCUCGGUUGCGUCAAUAAAAAAUGCAAAAAAGUGUUCCACUUACCCUGCGGCCUAAAGAACAACACCCUGCACCAAUUCUUCGACCAAUUCAAAUCAUUCUGCCAAUCCCACCGUCCAAAGCAGCACAUUGACAGCACAGUCCUUAAAUCCACCCCAGAACGCACAACAUGUUGGAUUUGCUUCGACUCGGCAUCCCGACAUGAUGUCUUCAAGACUCUUUGGGCGCCAUGUUGCAAAAAGAACGCUUGGUUCCACCGGAACUGUGUUCAACAAUUGGCCCUAAGCGCUGGAUACUUCUUCAAGUGUCCUCUGUGCAAUAACAAGAAAGAAUUCCAAAGCGCGAUGCAAGAAUGCGGAAUAUUCGUUCCAAGCCAGGACGCUUCCUGGGAACUGGUUCCAAACGCGUUCCAGGAACUGCUGUACCGCCACAACAGAUGCGACGCUCAGGAGUGCCAGUGUCCUCAAGGCCGUGACUACAACAGCUCCACCAAUUCCUCCUGGGAGAUGGUUCUCUGCCGAACUUGCGGUUCUCAAGGAACUCACGUUCGCUGUACGAACCUAAAAUGGGCCAAGUCCUGGGAUUGCAACGACUGUGUCUCAAUUCUCUCUAAAAAGUUCUCAGAAACCACCACCAGAAUCAAUGGAACCGUUCCGCAUGAUAUUGACGUUAAUAUUGACAGUGACGAUGAAGAUUCUUCAAGAAGUGUCACUAAAGCUCUGGAACUUGCCUCGAUUAAUCUUAAACCUGGACCCAGGUCUGCUAAGCUCAAACAGCUUCAUCAGACUGCUCAACAACUUACGGAACCUACGACGAUUCAACAGCUUAAAAGCAUUCUUGAUGAACAACAAGCGGUUCCAGGUUCCUCUGAUACGCUAAGGAACAAUUCAGAGGAAGAUGAAAUUUCUAUUCUUGAAGUUAGAAAAGUUACUCCGCAAAAUUCUCCUGAGAAAAUUCUUCAGGCUGUUAAAUAUCCUGAAUUGUCUAUUCAACCGAGAAAAUCUUUACCUGAAACUUCUAAUCAAAAACAAAAUGAUGUUUCGAUUUUUAGAAGUAAUGAUAGUCAAAGAUUGAAUUCAGUUCCUGGAACGGUUCCUGGAACUUCUUCUAGAACAUCGGUUCCUGGAACUUCUGUUCCAGGAACUGUUGUUCCUGGAACUUCUUCUAGAACAUCAGUUCCUGGAACAUUUGUUCCCUUAACACCGGGUCCUGGAACUAUUGUUGGUGGAACCUUUGUUCCUAGAACAUUGGUUCCUGGAACUUCUGUUCCUAGAACAUCGGUUCCCGGAAUUUCUGUUCACGGAACAUCGGUUCCUGGAAUUUCUGUUCACGGAAUAUCGGUUCCUGGAACUAAUAUUGAUGGAACUUCUGUUCCUAGAACAUGGGUUCCUGGAACUAUUGUUAAUGGAACUUCUGUUCCUAGAACAUCAGUUCCCGGAACUGAUGUUCCUAGAACACCGGUUCCUGGAACUGAUGUUCCUAGAACUAUUGUUCCUGGAACUGAUGUUCCAAGAACUAUUGUUCCUGGAACUGACUCAAUACAAGAACCUUUAGAAGGAACAGCAAGAUGUAGACAAGAUAUUAUGUUAAAUAAAUCAAAUCAAGGUUCCAAAAGUAAUAAAAUUAUUGAAGAUGUUAUAGUUGUUGACAGUGAUGAUGAAAAUGAUGGAACAACAGCACAGCCUGCUGAAGAAUUAGCAUCACAGUCUCAAAAUGAAUUAUUGAAUCCAGACGACGGGCUGAUGAAUAUCAAGAUUCUUGAUGUGACUUCUUUAGCUCCGGAAGAAUUCGCCCGGGUGCCAGAUAAUUCAACUAACGUAGUCAAUGAUUUGGAACCAGUUCAGAAUUCUGAGUCUAACUUGAGUUUUUCGACAAGUGAAAGCAUUACCAGUGAAAGUUCUUCGGGAGCGUUUAGCAAAAGAAAAGCAGACUCACCAUCGGUAUUGUCAACUUUGGUUGAUAGGGUUAACAAUGUGAUUGAUACUAACACCCGGGAACUUAUGCGAGCUUCGCUUCCGCCAAAGAAACCAAGAUAUGGUCCCAAUAAUUCUGCAAGUGGUACAACGACUGAUCUUAAUCCUACAGCGCCUACGACGCCUACGACACCUAGCGUGUCGAAUUUUGCCACAGGGAUGACUAGAAUUGUUCCGCCGAGUAAUUAUAUGCAAAAUCAUGUGGUUUCUUAUGCUGGAGGAAUUUCUUUAGCUAACUCUGCGGUUAUCAAAUUCUGUGAUAAGCAGUAUAUUCUUCCUUUGGGGCCGCCAAACAAUGCAGCGACGAUGUCUUCUGGAGGAAAUGAUCAGCAAAUUACUGCUCCGAACCUGCUAGCCAGUUCAAUCUACCAGCACCAGCAACACCAGCAACAGCCACCGUCGAACCAGUACCAGAGGCACAUUCAUCAUCACCACCACCACCAUCAUCUCCACCAGCAACCUCAACUUCAAUCUCAACCGCGGGCCGAGUCACCCCCAGAAAAACCAGCGCCUUGGAGACACGAGUUCUUAACCAAUUCACCUCUUCAGGCGAUUCGGGAGCGCCAUCCAGCACCGAGGUCUUAUCCAGGCUCUCAGGCCACGCGAAGGGUCCAGCAGCCUCCUCAGGUCAGCCAGGCGAAUCAGGCGCAGCCAGAACAAGAGUCACAAAAACAAAAAAGCACAACCCAACAACCAACGAUCAACACAACGACGACUGCUCCAGAAGUGAUCGAUUUGGAGUAAAGGGUCAGAAGAUUUUAUUAAGAGACUUAAAAUUUCGGAUGUGUUCUAACAAUUCUCUUGAAAUAACAGCGUACGAUAAUUAUAGAAUGAACAUAGAUUUAGAUAGUGCGAUAAAGUCAGACGAUGGUCAACGAUUACGUUCCGGGCGGAAUAAUGUUUGCAUAGUAAAGCCAAGGUCUUCGCGGGUUCGUGGACCUAAAUCAAAGCGGAUGAAAUAUGAAAACAUAUCCAGUUCCAUAAAUAAUAAUAGCAACCCAGAUGAUAAUAAUUUAUUAACUAACGACAGUGCUUCCGACAGAAUAAAAGGCGAUAACUCAGCUGAGUCUUCAACAGUGGCGAUACCUAACUCAGGAAGUAGUAGUUACAAUUAUCACCAGACAACAGACACUGCCAAAGAAAAUCUUAAGCCGAUAAACAAUGAUGAGAAUUUAAAUGGCGAUUUUAAUGGACGGAAAUUACGCUCGUUAAAAUGUCUUGGUGAUAUUGAUCAUCAAAAUUCGGAUAAUAUUAAUAAUAAUGAUGUUGAAAAUUCUGAAAUUAAUUUUGUAAAUAAUGAAGAAAUUACAGAUAAAAAUUUGUCAAAUGAAAUCCAAGAUGGCGGUAUGAGCUGCCAUGUUAGCAUUGAUUUAAAUCGUAUUAAAUCUUUAAUUGAUGCUAAGCCUAAUUUAUUUAUCAAAAAAACUCAGAGUUUUGAUAAAUUAUUCUAUUUAACUGAAGAUCAGCUUAAUACAAAAUUUAAUAAUGGUAAAUUAAAACGUAGCUGCAGUUGUGAUAGUAUUUUUACACCCAAUCAAUCGCAAACUAUUGCAGCGCCACCUGUUGGUGGAACUGCGGCUGGUGAAACUGUUCCAGGAACCGUGACUGAUUUUGGAGAAAAAGAAAUUUUGGAAGUAAAAAAAGGCAGGAAGAGAAAAAGAGGACGAAGUUUUAGAAAUAAUGGUAGAGUUAGAUAA